CGUAAACAAACGUGGGCUUCCCGGAAUCAUUGACAACAGAGCAGAAAAACACCAGAAAAUACAGGAAAAAUGAAUCCUUUAACGAACAUGAAAAACGUGCUCAAAUUGAGUGAAAACGACCUGAAAGGCGGCGGCACGAAGUCAAGUUGGCACGAUCAGUAUAAGAGCAGCGCUUGGAUCUUCGUCGGAGGGCUUCCUUACGAUCUCACCGAAGGCGACGUGAUUGCCGUCUUCUCGCAGUACGGCGAGGUGGUGAACAUCAAUCUCGUGAGGGACAAAUUGACGGGGAAACAGAAGGGAUUCUGCUUCAUUUGCUACGAAGAUCAGCGCUCGACGAUUCUGGCUGUGGACAAUCUGAAUGGAAUCAAGCUGCUGGGAAAGACACUGCGAGUGGAUCACGUGAGUGACUACAAAGCGCCGAAGGACAAUGAGAAGAUGGAUGAGGAAACGCGGCGUCUUCAGCUGGAAGGAUGCGCGCCAAAGCCUCAAAUCCCCGUGGAAUUGCUGAAGAAGGAGCGCAGCUCAUCCUCAAAGUCCUCCCGAACAGGAGACUUUCGUCUGCCAGAACGAUUGCCGAUCAGAGAUGCAAAAGCGCAGAAGAGAAAAUAGAGAUUUAACAUUUAAUCAUGA